CCGCACUCGAUAAUCCAUAUUCAUUCGUCACUGCGUUGUUUAUAGCGUUCUUCUUUCUGCUGAAUCACAAGAAGAAACAUUGAGUUUGGACAUUGUAAAAGUUAGAGCUUCCAAUGGCAAGUAAUUCUCUAAAACGUCCCAGACUAGUUACUAGUCAACUUGCAACCUAUGAUGAUUUUGAUGAUGAUGUUGUGGAUGUUAAGGGACCAGCUAGACUGUCUAAUGUUCUUGUCUCAUGUACAGUCUCACAGUUUAUUAAUGCUAAUAAGAAGAAAUUCAAGGCGGUUUCUGGCGAUGAUGAUUUGCCUCAAAGAGAUGGUUUUGGUGAACGAAGGAGGAAGUACGAGAGUCGGGUGUUAGCUGGUACUGGAAUUACGACUGAGGAUAACAACAGUGAUGAUAAUGAUUUUUACAAACAAGUGGAAAAGUUGCGAGCUGCAAAACUUGCUGCAAAGGCCGAGACCUAUUCCAGGAAAUCAGCUGGCGUCUCUUGGCCAGAGGAGACUGCGGAUGGAAAGCGCCAAAUCAAUUCUCAGAUGUUGAAAAAUAGAGGACUAACUCGAAGUCGCAACAAGGCGAAAAGGAAUCCUAGAAAGAAUUACAAGCUAAAGCAUCAAAAAGCUGUUAAGAAUCGCAAGGGACAGGUUCAGAGUAUCAGAAUCCCAACCGGACCUUAUGGCGGGGAAUCCACUGGAAUUAAUGAUAAAAUCAGUCGAAGCAUCAGAUUCAAGAACUGAUUUUGUCAAUAGGUUUUACAUUACAAUAUCAUUAUAUUUUCCUCCAAUUUGAACCACAUAACCUGCGUAGAUGGGAGUAUAACUUGUAUAAUUUAUUGAUCGGAAAUGAACAUCUUUGGCGUCUUAAUUUUUUAUCAAGUUUUCAAUUUUGAUCGGAAAUAUUUUACUUUUCAUCUAAGGUUGCAACAU